GCAGAUGGAUGGAUGGAUGAAGGAUGCUGGAUGCUGGAUGGUUGGGAAGACCGCAGACUGGAGGACUGAAGACCGGAGGCCAGAAGACUGCGAGACCGCAGAGGCCGAGGAGCGAAGACUGGUUUUGUGAUCCGCAGAUCGUCGCCAGUCAGCAGCGAUUUAACGUGGCGCACAUUAUUCAUUCCGCAUUUAAUGACAGGCCGCAGAGUGGAACCAGCAGUCAAUUUACUUGCACUUGCAGCGAUGAUCUCGAACGGAAUGGAGUGGACCAGGUGUGUUUCUGUAUCCGAAGGAUACACUCCGACCAAUCGGUCACAUACAUACAUGCAUACACUUAAUUGCCAUGGAGCGGAAAUGUAUUCAUGUGAUUUUUAUGCUGCCACACCAAUUAUGGCUGCCUUUUUCGUGGGAUAGCGCGACUUAAUUGGCAAAAAUAUUAAAUCAGCCAAUUUGUAAGGAGAAACGCCAACCGACCUGGUCGACUUGGCCGACUUGCUCGACUUGGCCAACUGCGCAUAAUGAAGCCAUCAACUGGGCUCCCACUGCCACGCCCCUCCGGCAUCCUUGGGCGCGAAGUGCCCCGAAUAAGCCAGUGAACCUGGAGACCCUCUGUAUCGCAACCCUUUUCUUCGCCGUGGCCAAGAUCGUUUAUCAAAAGUCGCUGCCAUUGUGGCCAUUUUCUGCCAUUUCUGCGGGGCAUUCAAAUUCCUAGAACAAUGAAAUAAUUCCAUAAAUUCGAUCGCUAUUAGCGUUGGCCACCAUUUUUUCUGCCCAGUCACCAUCUUGGGCAAAGCUCCUCCUCCUUUUUGGCUCACAGCUGGUAGGCGGUUACCAUUGCGAUCGAAACGGGUUUCCGUGGUUAAAACUUGUUGGCCAAAAACAGGUUUCCCCUCUA